AUGCUGAAGCUGGCAUAUUUUCCUGUUCUGAUCUUUAUUAUCCUGGAAUUCCAGGGAUCCUUGGCGAACUCCAAGAACUCCGUUUGCCUGCUGAAGGACCCGCCGAAUCAGUGUGGCCAAUUCUGCCUCACCAAGCUGCAUCCGAUGAUCGAUUCGAUUCCCGAGACCAAUUCCAAGCUUGAAAGGAUCCUAGGCGAGCAGCAGGCUCUGAGGACCGAGCUCCUGGAGGCUCAUCGGAGUUCCUUGAGUAACAACGGAAGCGAAAGGCCUAAUAUGGGGGUAAGGCACCAACUUCAGUUGCUGUUCACCAAAAUGGAGAAUCUGGAGGCCCAGCUACAAACCUUUGUAAAGGACAACCGAAGGCCUCAUCGGGAGCCGCAGCAGAGGGCCUUGAAAAAAGAGGACUUCGAGGCGAUGUUGAGUGUGACGGAGGGUCACCUUCUGGUGGUGAAUUCCGAGUUGAAGAGCCAGUUGAAGGAGCUGCUAAGUCAGAAGGACAAGCACACCUCCCUCCACGAAUCCCUGAAGGAGACCUUCCUUAAGAGAGCCGUCGAGAAGAGACUAAGCAAAACAGAGGGACAACUGCAGUUGUUCGAGAACAAAUUGGAGGCCAAAAUUCAGCAGCUUCAUAAGAAAACCGAAACGGAACUUUUGGCCCUGCAGGCGAAAAUCGAGAGCCAGCAUUAUGCGCUCGAGGAGAUCCUCUUCAGGAUCCACGCCAAAAAUAUCCCCCCGCAAUUCCAACUAAUCGGUACAAGGUACUUCUAUAUUGAGUUCUCCAUUAAGCGUUCUUGGUACGAGGCUGCGGCCACAUGUCGUCGAAUGGGCGGCUAUUUGGCUGCCUUCGAAACCCAAGAGGAACUGCAGGCCAUCGCUGGGAAAUUCGGAAAUCGGGGGCACUGGUUCUGGACCGGCAUCAACGACCUGCGGGAAAGCAGGAAGUUCAUGAGUGUGGCCUCCGGAAAGCCUGCCAAAGUCCUCAGCUGGAAGGUGGGAAAUCCCAGCCUUCGCAAUGCCUGCGUUGUUCUCAACGACGAUUAUAUGAUCGAUACCUUUUUCAAUGCCAAUUUUGCCCUGUGUAGCUGCUGCCGCAACAGCAACUGUAAUAAUCGCAGCAGCAACAUAAUCAACUGUAGCAGUGGCAACACGGCAGCAACAUGCAAUAUUAGCAGCCACAGCAGCAACAUGAAGAACCUGAGCAGCGACAGCAACAUGCAGCAGCAACUGGAACAACAGCAGCAACAUGAGACAUAA